AAAUAUAUAAAGGCACUCUGUAGUUCACCGACGUCCCUCCCUUACACCGACAUCAUUCGACAUGGGCAACAAACACUCAUCUCCUGUGCUUCCCGAUCAAUCUCGUGAACAGCGCAUUGGCGUUAACACUAAUCACGACCAUUCUGCACCAGUAUCUCGCAUCAGUCUGAGAUAUCACAAAUCGCAGGCUUCGCUGUUGAAAUCAAUAUCAUCGCACGACACACUUUCCUGCGAGAAACCUGCGCCCCCGCCUCAUAGUUAUCAUCCAAACGUCACUCAUUUAUCACCGACACUGACAACAUAUGCACCCUUGACACCCUCCAUCUCACGACAAGAUGCUGAAGCACGCGCAUAUAGUGCAUUUCUCAAAUCCUUCCCAGAAUAUCAGAGCACUUGGAUACUUGACACCCUCCGAAGAACAGAUUUUGCCAGAUUAGAUCGAACCGGCGAAACAUAUGUAGAUUACAUGGGUGGGGCACAACAUCCUGAGAGUCUUGUUCGCGUUCACAGCGCAUUCUUAACCGAAUCCGUCAUGGGAAACACGCAUUCAGUCAGUAAUAGCUCCAAGUUAUCAUCACGAUACGCUGACGAGGCCCGGGAUGCAGUUCUUUCAUUCUUUCGAGCACCGCCAGGCUACACCGUUGUGUUUACAGCAAAUGCAACAGCUGCGUUGAAGCUUGUUGGGGAGGCGUAUCCCUUCAAGUCUAAUAAUGGCUAUAUCCUCGGUGCCGACUCUCAUAAUAGCGUCCAUGGAAUCCGAGAGUACGCUUCACGUCGCGGAGCUCAAGUACAUUACAUCCCAUCAACUAGUACUGGAGGUUUCGUUCUAUCUACUGCCAAGGAUAUCUUGAGUCAGCACAGACCACAAAACGCUUCCUCACUUUUUGCCCUAACGGGCCUUUCCAAUAUCACUAACGCGAAAAAUCCACUCUCAAUCAUCGGAUUCGCAUCCUCACUAGGAUACCACACACUUCUUGAUGCUGCCGCGCUGGCACCAUCAUCUGUCAUUUCUCUUUCGGAAACCCCUGUCGAUGCUAUGGUUGUCAGCUUUUACAAGAUGUUCGGUUAUCCGACAGGCGUCGGAGCCCUCAUUGUCAAGGAGUCAUUCUUACAGAUCUUGGAGCGCCCGUGGUUCGCUGGAGGAACCGUUGAUGUCGUCCAGGUGCCAGGCCCAGUCUUUACUAGAACGAGCGUUCUUCAUGAACAAUUCGAAGAUGGAACCAUCAAUUUCAUGACGUUACCCGCUGUCACAGACGGUCUGCGAUUUCUCUCCGCAUAUCUGCCAUUCCUUCCUCUCCGCCUCUCAUGUCUUACACACUACCUUGUCGCCUCGCUCUCUUGUCUGAGACAUGAUUCGACAGGAACCCCUGUCGUUAAGAUUUUAUCCAAGCUUCCUUCCAAAAGACUCAAGUCUGUUGGAGAACAAUGUGACAGUGGAUCUACAAUCUCUCUUAUCUUCCUCUCGCCUUCAGGAGAGAUGAUCCCAAACAGCUUCAUUGAAUGUUGCAUGUGCAAUCCCGGGGGCGCAGCCUCGUUGCUGGGUAUUCAAAACCAGAUGGAACGGCUGUAUCCCGGCGUCACGCUUAAAGACUUUGGCCAGGUCGUCGGUCGCGAGCUCGGUGUUGUGCGGAUCAGUCUAGGACUCGCAAGUAAUUUCCAGGAUGCGUGGAAAAUUGUGAUGUUCGCGUCAUCCUUGGCAGAUAGCCGUACACGACAGGCACUCUGGGAUACCUGGACCAACGUUCCUAUUGGACAGGCUAUGUAAGUAGCCCGGUUUGCCACCGGAUAUCUGCUAUGCGGAUGAGGCUGUCACCAUAAUUAGAGCCCACAGAGAGCGAAACCUUUAGAACUUGUAUAUCUCUUUUCUUGGUUAUUUCUUGCACACCAUUUCGUCGCGCAUUCAUAGCCGCAUCUCCUUCAUCACGGAUCACUUGCAUAGCAUAGCAUAACAUAGCACCAUCUCAUUAUAAUCUUGUACGUGACUUCGGCAUUCGUCCCCUCUUUUGGGCCUGGUCUCUCAUUUAGUCUUCUACGCCUUCUCAUUGCUAUCUUUCCCAGCAUACCACAAUUCCCGAAUAAUCGGAUAACACGUAUAGACCCCGUGUUAAGCAUGCGAAUACCUACAUUUCCGAUUUCGUACACUACAUCUUAUCGAAGGGAUCUUCUUGUCUCACCAUAUCUUACAUACACGCGUUCCACUACGUCACUAAGGAACAUUGUAUUAGCUGUGGGCGAUAUAAUUGCAGACUCUUUGUGUCGUCCA